CCUCAAACGAUUUAUCCUUACCAAUCUAUUAUUAUAAGAAUAGCGUCGAUAUUAGCAGAUGAAUCAAACGAAAAAUUAAUGGAUUCACCAUUUAAGCGACAAAUUGAGAAGGGGGAUAAAACUGACGUUCGAAUUGGAUUAGCUUUCAAUCUUGAUUGGUAUACGCCUUAUAGUCGAAUCAAAAGAAGCUGUGCACCAAUUUAUAUAACAGUUCUCAAUUUUCCAAGACAUAUCAGAUAUCGAAGUGAAAAUCUUAUUCUCGCUGGCAUUAUACCCGGUCCAAGAGAACCAGACACAACCCAAUUGCAAAAUUAUCUUCAACCUAUGAUUAACGAACUAAAGCAACUUUGGAGUGGUCAAUUGUUUAAAACUACAUUAUAUCCAAUUGGACGUAUGUUUCGUUGUGCAUUAAUUCAAAUUGCAUGUGAUAUACCAGCUGCACGUAAG